AUGUCUCAAACUUAUGGCAACUACCGGUCUGAGAUCUGUUCUCAAGGAGCCACGUCAGGCGUCACUCCUGCCGUCACCACAGACCCUCGUCGAUUGGAAGAUCAGGCGAAGACGGCAUUAGGAAUCCGUAGCUUCAACUAUAUCGCUGGUGGAGCGGGAGAAAAGGCUACAAUGGACAGAAAUCGGCUGGCAUUUCGUCAGUGGAAGAUAGUUCCUCGAAUGUUAAAGCAGAUGGAGAAUCAGGAUAUAUCUGUGAAUCUGUUUGGAGAAAAAUACCCUAACCCAAGCCUCGUGGCACCUGUCCGUGUUCAAUCUAUCUUCCACGAAGACAAGGAGACAGGACUCGCAGAGGUCUGUGGACAAACUGGGGUUCCGUAUAUCCUCAGUACAGCAAGCAGCAGCUCGAUUGAAGACGUGGCGAAGGCGAAUGGCGACGGGAAGAGAUGGUUCCAGCUGUAUUGGCCGAUGGAUGACGACAUCACACUCUCCUUGCUAAAACGCGCAAAGGAAAACGGGUUCGGCGUCUUGAUGAUCACUCUGGAUACAUGGUCGCUCGCCUGGCGACCAGCAGAUCUGGACAACGCCUACAUUCCAUUUAUCAAAGGAAUAGGAAACGAAAUCGGCUUCACAGAUCCAGUUUUCCGCGCCAAAUACGAGAAGGAAUCCGGCUCGAAAGUUGAAGACGACAUUCUAGGGGCAUCAAAAUCAUGGAGCUCCCAGGUAUUUUCCGGCGUGCCACAUACUUGGGACCAGGUUGCUUUUCUACGGAAGAACUGGGACGAUCCGUUGCUUCUCAAGGGAAUUCAGCACCUAGAGGACGCGAAACUUGCCUUAGAAGCGGGCUGUGAUGGUAUCGUUGUGUCCAAUCAUGGAGGCCGACAAGUUGAUGGCGCAAUUGGCUCCCUGGAGGUUCUCCCGGAGAUCGUUGACGCAGUUGGGGUUAAGAUGACGAUUCUUUUCGAUUCUGGUAUCCGAACGGGUGCGGAUGUUAUCAAAGCACUUUGUCUAGGCGCCAAAGCAGUCUUAAUAGGCAGACCAAUCAUUUACGGUUUGGCAAUUGACGGAAAGAAAGGAGCAGAGCUCGUGAUGAGAGGACUGCUGGCAGAUGUUUGGCAAAACAUGGGAUUAUCGGGGAUUCGUUCCGUGGCCGAAUGUUACCGCGACAAGCUCCGAAAGGUAGUGUAUCCUGGAGACGGGAUAGCUAUGAUGUAAGGGCGUCAAUCUCAAUCAUCUUCGAAGAGUUUGUAAGAC